GCAGUCACUUCCUGUAUGUCCCGGAAGUAGCGUGUUGGGCGCGAGCUAUGAUUGGGGCUGGCUGCUAUAGGCCGAAUGCGCAGUAUGGCGGGACUCCGUGGGGCUCUCAUAGUGCUGGAGGGAGCUGACAGAGCCGGCAAAAGCACGCAGGCCCGGCUGCUGGUAGACGCUCUCAGAGAGCGCGGUCACAGGGCGGAGGGCCUGCGGUUCCCAGAGCGAACAACCGAGAUUGGAAAACUAAUCGGCUCCUACCUUGAAAAGAAAAAUAAUAUAGAAGAUCACACUGUACAUCUUCUGUUUUCUGCCAACAGAUGGGAACAAGUUCCAAUGAUCAAAGAGAAAUUGGCAAGUGGUGUAACUCUAGUUGUGGAUCGAUAUGCAUUUUCUGGGGUAGCAUUUACAAGUUCUAAAGAGAAUUUCUCUUUAAACUGGUGUAAGCAGCCUGAUGUGGGAUUGCCAAAGCCAGAUCUUAUUCUCUUUCUGAAUCUGAGUCUUGAAGCGGCUGCUGCUAGGGGAGGUUUUGGUAAUGAACGAUAUGAAACAAAUGAUUUUCAAGUACAGGUACACAAACGUUACCGGGAGCUUAUGGAGGAUAAAUCCCUUAACUGGAAGUUGGUUGAUGCUUCUCAGAGUGUGGAUGACGUUCUGAAAGUGAUUACAGAGCUGAGCGAAGGAGCAAUUGAAGAAGCAAAGACUCGGACUAUAGGCAAGCUCUGGGUGGAAGAGUGACAUUUUGGGACGGAGAGGAAGGAGAGAUCAUGAUUAUCUGAACUGGUGCAGCAAAUCUAAAUGAACUGCAUUACAGUCCUUAUUUAGUGCCAUUUCCUACCACUACAGUAUUCCUGGCCGUAGCUCUACAAAGGUCUUCUCUCCCCCAAUUGCAAUAAAACUUUUAAACA